UAUGCUGCACGUUCCCUCUAAAAUGGAGAUAGUCCUAUCAACCUUAGCUACCUUACUGUUUGGUUUGACUUCUUACCAAGCGCAACUGACACACGCAGAGAGCAAGAUGCGUACGCUGUACUUUGGCCUCGUGCCUCCUCCGCCAGGUCCAGGGGAGAUAUUCCACAAGCGCCUGUGGUUGAAAUCAGUCCUGCCGAAUCUAGAGGGACGAUGCUGGGGAGGUGACGACCAGAAAGUGACUUCAGUCGACGGCGUCACUGAGGCAUGCGUCACAUUCACAACUGAAUCAUACCAAGAGGAAGAGCCGUUUCGAUAUCCUACUCAAGGUCUGUUCAACUCCUCAUUGAAACAACUGGAGUUCAGCGUAAGAACUCCUGCCAGCAUUGGCAUCUAUGUCUAUGGGGACAGUCUUGAGAAGUUGUACUACAUUGUAUUUAGCUCGGACGGGGUUCAAAUGAUUCAGUUCGGCACAUUUGACCAUGUCUCCCUGACUGAUGCGGGCGUGGGGACCGAGGGAGGCUUCGGUCGCUUCUGGUUGGCGGUCGUGAAUAACGCUAGCGAGAUGCACAUUGGGAAAAGCGGGAACGACGCGCCUCUGCUUCGUAUGAACCAUACGACCUCCUCGCUUGAUAUCCUGCGCCUUGAAAUACUGGGUGAUGCUGGCCGAGCCGUCGAGGUGCAAAUCUACAUGCCGUGUUAUUAG